GACUUUAAGCAACCAUCACAGAAAUGGAUCUCUGUCAGAAAAAUGAAACUGAAUCAGAAAAUUGCGAAAAUAAUGAAAUUCAAAGCACAGAAGAUACUGAAUUAAUCUGUACUUGUCCCGAUGAAAGAAGUGAAAAGAAUCAUGUUUGUUGUCUUCUCAAUAUCAGUGACAUUACACUUGAACAAGAUGAAAAAGCCAAAGAGUUUAUCAUCAGAACUGGAUGGGAAGAAGCAGUCCAAGGCUGGGGAAGGACUUCUCCAACUGCCUGCAUCUGGCCCAGGAAGAAGCUUAAAAAGGAGAGGGUGGGAGAAAGUGCCAGCAGCUGCUUACUCUGUGUCAGUCUCUCACAAGGGAGCCUGGAGGCCAGGCUUCAACUGGAGGCUGGGAAGUUGGAGUCAGGGUCUUCAGCUCCAGCUGAGGCAGGCCCAGAGAAGGAUGGAGGCAGCCUCUCCCAACCACCAAGGCACCCCCCAGGCCCCAUCACUGCCUCCAGGGAAGUUAACAAGAUCUGCUUUCCCACCUACAGUCAAGGAGAGAAAAAAAGUCUGCAAAUAAAGGAGUUUAUUUGGUGCAUGGAAGACUGGGUGGCCCCUGAGACUGUUAGGGGAAAGGACCCCAGAAGUCCUGGAGGAGGCACUGACAGAGGUCCCUCCCUCUCAGACUCCUUGACUUCCAAGGCUCUUUUAGUUCUACCUCCCCUGAAGGCUUCACCCCCAAAUGGCUUGGAUGUUCUGGGUAAGAAGAGUAAGAACUUUUACUCGCAGCCAGAAGAGAAGGUGCUUAGUGUGGAAAAGGAUGAGUGUGUGGCUUAUGCAAAUGGAUUAAAAACAGUGGACAGGACAGGUGAAAAGAGACCCAUUGAGCCAGCCAUACACCAUCAAGUCAAGGAAACGCAGCCCUUCCUGACCCCGGUGACCCGGACGUCCCUGCUGGCUGACCCCAAGCCGUGCUGCUUGCGCUGGUCCCUCCUGCCUGAGAAAAACCUGGUGUGCCCUCCCCACCCCAGAAGUGUUCACUGUCUUGCUACCUUGCAGCUUUUGCAGAAACAAGGAGUGCAGAGCUACAAAGCCAAAUUCAAAGCUAGGGAGCCAAGACCUCCCGUGAAAACCGCAAAGCGCGUUCUCACUGAGUCUAAGCAGGAAAACAGGCCCCAAACGCUGGAGACCAAAGUGUUGUCAAGACCUCUCUUGCCAUCCCUCACAGUGAGCAGAAUUGUAAUUCCCGUUUCCACUCACAGACUCCUCUGAGUUGCCACAAUAUAAUUCCCUGGGAACAAGACCGUCUGAAAGUCAUUCAUUCUCUCUUCCCUCUCUCCCUCCUGCCCCCACCCCGGUCUCUUAUUUUGUCCUCCUCCUCUCCCUCCUCCUUCUCUUCUUCUCACACACUCUUCUCUCCCUCCUUCCUCCCCUCCUUCUUUGUAGCAGAACCAGAGGAAACUGAACCUCAUCGUAUAGGUUUUGGUUUACUCUCCAAACUCCCAUAUUCAUGUGUUACCCGCUUCUGGUGCUUAGCCAUUUACAAAAUGCAAACUGGUAAUGCCAGUCUCCGCCUCUGCCUGGCUUAUCUCUCCACUGGAAGACAAAUGGAUGCCGGGGAAUCUGAAGGGCCUCCCUCAGUGAUGCCCUUAUGUCAGCCCCAGGCCAACUGGCAGAGGCUCUUUCUGCCCCAACAACCCCAGUGCCUUAAGCCAAGUGUACUGGGCUUGUUUAGACCAAAUUUUUUCCUAAUCUGUUUAACCUAGCAGGUAUCUGUUGCCUCGUUUUCUCUUACAACAAAGAUCUGCUUUUAUAGAGAAAAUUCCAGCCUAUAUCCAAAUGAAUAUCCUUGUGUCCCUGGUGACAUAUCCUUAUGUUUUAUCCAUGGAUGCACCAUAUCCUGUAUGUCCCAGAUUUCAUAUAUUGUAGCCUCAUGCUAGUCUCUCCAUCUGGGAAGUUUUAGCUGUAGUUCAACAAAACCUAUCUUGGGAGGCAGACUGAGAAUGAUUAUUUGAAAAAGAACGUCACUGUGAUUAUUGCAGCCCACAUGCUUCUUCCAGUCCUGUCUUACACCUAACAUCUGGGAGCCCUACAAGCCCAGACAGACACUUACGAAAUGGGGCUGUUACUUUCUCCCUUCUCCUGGCUUUCCUCCCUGCUCAUUUUACCCCAGUGCACGUUUCCUGAAGUUGUAUAUAAAUUAAAUGUUUGUAAAUGAGUUAUAGUUUAAAUGUGAAGUGACAAUGCUAUGUAGAGAAAUGCUCUGAAAAACCAUUUUGUAACAUGAAUAUCCACUUAGCCACCUGUAAUUACACAGUUUGCAUUUGCUUAAGGUAGGUUGUGCUUGAACUCUAGACUCUCCAUCUUCUAAAUGAUGAGCAGACAGAAUAUAUGACUGUAUUUGUCAACAACUG